AUGGGUGAUCCAUCUGCGGGUCCCUUUGUGGCCUCCUUAUCUGGUGGUUCAAUCCCUUCUGCAGGGAUCUCUGCCACUCCCUCUGCCCUUAUCUCCACUAUUCGCCAGGCCACCAUUCCUUCCCUGUCUCCACCUGACAAUCUGAAUUCCUCAGUCGAGCCAAUAAGCUCUGUUCCUCCCAUUUCUGUCCCUCUGUCGUCCGAGUUGGCCUCGAGCUCACUCACAUCUUCUGCAGGCAGUUCUGCUUCUCGUCUUGUUGGUCAGACGGCUUGCGAGUGGAGUGGUCCUAUACGCCUGGACGGAGACGGUCAAAUGCGAGUGUUGCUCUUCUCUCUUAACAGGCGGGCCCUUGGACAAAUGGUCAAAGUAAGAGAUUCUUUGCGCCGGCUUUUUUUCUAUUUCCUUUCAUUUGGAUUUUAUUUUUUUCCUAUUUUGUAUUAG